AUGCCCCUCUAUGCCAAGUUCCUAAAGGAGCUUAUAACCAAUAAAAGGAAUUGGGGAGAAAAGAAAAAUGUGGUGCUCACAGAGGAAUGUAGUGCCAUCAUACAAAAGAAGCUUCCCCAAAAGAUGAAGGACCCUGGGAGCUUCCAAAUCCCCUGCAUCAUAGGAGAUAUUAGCAUUGAAAAAGCAUUGUGUGAUUUGGGAGCCAGCAUCAAUCUUAUGUCCUUAGCCAUGAUGAAGAGAAUAAGAAUUAAAGAGGCCAAACCAGCAAGAAUGGUACUUCAAUUAGCUGAUAGAACAUUCAAGUUUCCUCAUGGAGUGGUGGAGGGGAUUAUCCCUUCAAUGUGCAUGCAUAAAAUCCUUCUUGAGGAAGAUGCCAAGCCCUCAAGACAGCCACAAAGAAUUAGCCCUUGGGUGAGCCCUGUUCAAAUAGUUCCUAAGAAGGAAGGAAUCACAGUUGUGCCAAAUGAAAGAAAUAAAUUGAUACUAAGAAGAACAGUGACUGGAUGGCGCAUGUGCAUAGAUUAUAGGAAGCUCAAUGAAGCCACAAGGAAGGACCAUUUUCCUCUGCCCUUCAUGGAUCAAAUGUUGGAGAGGCUUGCUGGACAUGAAUACUACUGUUUCUUGGAUGGAUACUCAUGUUACAAUCAGAUUGUAGUAGACCCUAAAGACCAAGAGAAUACUUUCUUUACUUGCCCUUAUGGUGCUUUUGCAUAUAGACGAAUGCCCUUUGGAUUGUGCAAUGCACCUGCCACAAUCCAAAGAAGUGGAGCAGAGAAUAAGGUGGCUGACCACCUAUCAAGGAUCCCACAUGAAGGAGAAGAAGUACAUAGCCCUGGGGUGAAUGAAAAUUUUCCGGAUGAACAAUGGAUGAUGAUCCAAGAGACUACAUGGUUCACAAAUAUUGCCAAUUUCAAGGCCAUUGGAGAAUUACCGUCUAACAUCAACAAGCACUUGAGAAGGAAGCUCAUCAAUGAUGCCAAGCACUAUAUUUGGGAUGAUCCUUACCUCUUCAAGAAAUGUGCUGAUGGUAUCCUAAAAAGGUGCAUCUCUCAUGAAGAAGGACAAGAGGAAUUUGUGACAAGGUGCAAUGAGUGUCAAAGAGCUGGAAACCUACCCAAAAAGAAUGAAAUGCCACAAAGAUUUAUCAUGGAGUUGGAGUUGUUUGAUGUAUGGGGUAUUGAUUUUAUGGGACCAUUUCCAACCUCAUUCUCAAACAAUUACAUAUUGGUGGCUAUGGAUUAUAUGUCCAAAUGGGUAGAAGCCAAAGCUACAUCAACAAAUGACAACAAAGUAGUGAUCAAAUUCUUGAGGAAGAACAUAUUUAGCCGGAUUAGGAUUCCAAGAGCUCUUAUAAGUGAUGGGGGGAUCUCACUUUUGCAACAAGCAACUUGA